AUGCCGAUGAAGACGACCAGGAAGGAGCUCCGGUGGCAGUCGAGUAAAAUUUCUGCUGCUUCUCCCUCCCGUUUGUUCAUUUCAUCUCCCCCCUCUCUCUCUAGGGUUCUCUCUACCCUCUCGCAUUCCACCCGCAGGCGCUCCUCCAUAUUUUCAUCGGGAUUUUGCACGUUGAGGGUUGGAGGAAGGAUAUGUGGGAUUCAAGAAGGGGGCCGGGGGAGAAGGGGAUGGGGGAGCGUAGAAACCAGGCCAAGGGUUCUAUCUCUCAUCUCGCAUCCACCAACGAUUCCUGGAUCUCAUCGAGGGUUGGAGAAAGCAUCUGCAGGAUUGAAGCGGAGAGGAAGGGAUGAGGGUGGAAGCGCAGAAACCAGGCCAAGAGGUCAUGGGUGUGCAAUUUCGGAAUCCGGCGAGGGAUCCGUUGGUCCCGAUGGAGGGGAAAUGAAAGGUGCAUACUGGAUCAGAGUCCAGGGUAAAGAGACUCAGUCAACAGUGCAGUGUUCGGGUAGUUCGAGUCUCCAAUGGUGCGCAAGUCAUGGUGACCAUUGUAACACAUCUCCAAUGGUAAGCAUGUUUUGGUUGGGAGUUUUGGGUGCAGUUAGCCACGGAAGGGGUUCUACCAAUGAGAUUUUGUGGGCCAUUGUUCUGCCAAGCUUGCUGAUUAUUCUAUUUCAGUAAAGAUGAGGUUAUUCGUGAGUCUACUGCCAAGCUGCCAGCAGGAUGUAGCUCUGUGUAUCAGGUACGGAUACUCAACUUCAGAUUUUUUUUUUUUUUUUUGCAAAACUAAGUUGUAUGGUUUGUGUUUUGCAUACAAUCAAGCCUGCCAUCGUCUCACAAGGCUUCAUACUGGUGCUAGCAAUACUCGGUUUUGUUAGUCAAUUGUGAAUUAGCAAGCUAUACUUGCUCCAAUCCCUAUGAUGUCCGAUCAAGUACCCUAUUUUUAUUAGAACCUGAUGUGAUUAGCAAGUAAUCUCUAUUAUUCAGAAAGAACCAAUAAAAACUGAAACAAUUUGUACAAUGUAUAUGCUUCCAUUGCUCUCCUUAGUAGUAGAUAAUAUGAUAAUUUACUGACAGCCUAUUAUAAUAUAUUUGUAUGUCUGCAUUUAUAUUCUCUGACAGUCUAACAUGUAAUAUAGCCAAUGAUUUUUUAAUUGCU